UAGAACGAGGUCGGGUAUGUUCGGCAUGUUUCGACUCUUUCGGUAACCGUUAGUGUGUUUGAAAUCUUCAGGCCUGGAAACUACACUCCAGUCUGGAAACUGUUCUGGAAACUAACUUAGAGAGGAACUGAAGAGAAGAGUGCAACAACCGACAGGUAGAGAGGAGUUUGAUAACGGAAUGACGGUGCUACAGGAACCUGUCCAGGCUGCUGUUUGGCACGCGCUUAACCACUACGCCUACCUGGACGCAGUCUUUCUGGCGGAGAGACUCUACGCCGAAGUGCACUCGGAGGAGGCGCUCUUCCUGUUGGCCACAUGCUACUACCGGUCGGGCAAGGCCUACAAGGCCUACCGGCUGCUGAAGGGGCACAGCUGCACCACCCCGCAGUGCCGAUACCUGCUGGCCAAAUGCUGCGUGGACCUCAGCAAGCUGGCAGAGGGGGAGCAGAUCCUCACUGGAGGCGUCCUGAACAAGCAGAAGAGCCAAGACGACAUCGUCUCUGAGUUCGGGGACACGGCCUGCUUCACUCUGGCACUGCUGGGGCAGAUAUACUGCAGCAAGACGGAUCGUUUGGCCAAAGGUUCCGAAUGUUACCAAAAGAGCCUGAGUCUGAAUCCCUUUCUCUGGUCACCCUUCGAGUCCCUCUGUCAGAUCGGCGAGAAGCCCGACCCGGAGCAGACGUUUAAGCUGACCUCCCUGCAGAACUUCAGCGCCAGCGUCAGCCAGCAAACAGCCGGCCUCACCCACACGCCCAGCCACGCACCCCACCGACAGGUGGACACAGUGCUCAUGGAGACCCCGCAAGACACUUUAGAGUUGAACAGACUCAACGUAGAAUCCUCAAACUCCAAGUACUCGUCACUGAACUUGGACUCCUCGGUGUCCUACAUCGACUCCUCCGUCAUCUCCCCCGACUCCGUGUCCCUGGGUACCGGCAGCUUCCUGCAGUCCAAGCAGACGCAGAACAAGCCAAAGAUCGGCCGCAGUCUGCUGGGGGGCCCGGCCGCCCUGAGCCCCCUCACCCCGAGUUUUGGCGUCCUGCCACUGGAGCCCAGCCCGGGAGACUCGUCCUUCCUGCAGAACUUCACACACAGCGGGUCGGGGAUGGACCCUCCCCCUUCUGCCAUCUCACCAAAGAAGACUGUCGCCCGCAUCAGCCAAGCCGGAACAAAGUCAGUGUUUACACAGAGUGGGAACAGCAGAGAAGUCCUGCCCAUACAUUUCAACCAGUCCCAGACCACUGCCCCGCAAACCAGGCGAGGGUGGGUUUGUCCUUCUCAACCCAACAGCACCACACCACAGGUGCUGAGUCCCACCAUCGCCACGCCGCCCAACGUGCAGCCCAGGAGGAGCUCCCGGCUCUUCACCAGCGCCAGCUCGACUGCCAAGGAAAACAGCAAGAAGCUGAAGAUGAAGUUUCCCACCAAGAUCCCCAACCGAAAGACCAAGACGAAGAGCAGCAAAGGGGGCAUAACGCCGGCCAACAUGAACGACACCUUCGAGAUCCUGAAGCUGGAGUGCUCCAUGAGCGAGGGCAAGGGCUGCGUGCUGGCGCCCCAGCACCAGGCCCUGUCCCUGCAGAAGGCCGCCGCCGACGGGCUGAUGAGCCUGAUGAGAGAUAUUGGGAGGGGAUAUGUGGCUCUCUGCUCCUACAACUGUAAAGAAGCCAUCUCCAUCCUGAGCCAGCUGCCGUCUCACCACUACAACACCGGCUGGGUGCUGGUGCAGAUCGCCCGGGCACACUUUGAGCUGGCCGACUACACGCGGGCGGAGCAGAUCUUCUCGGAGGUGCGGCGCAUGGAGAGCUACAGGGUGGAGGGGAUGGAGAUCUACUCCACCUCGCUGUGGCACCUGCAGAAGGACGUCGCUCUGUCCGUCCUGUCCAAGGACCUCACGGACAUGGACAAGAACUCGCCUGAGGCCUGGUGCGCGGCGGGAAACUGCUUCAGCCUGCAGCGGGAGCACGACAUCGCCAUCAAGUUCUUCCAGCGGGCCAUCCAGGUGGACCCCAGCUUCGCCUACGCCUACACCCUGCUGGGCCACGAGUUCGUGCUGACCGAGGAGCUGGAGAAGGCCCUGGCCUGCUUCAGAAACGCCAUCCGCGUGGGCACGCGCCACUACAACGCCUGGUAUGGCCUUGGGAUGAUCUAUUUCAAACAGGAGAAGUUCAACCUGGCGGAGAUCCACUUCAAAAAAGCCCUCAGCAUCAACCACCAGAGUUCUGUCCUGCUCUGUCACAUCGGGGUGGUGCAGCAUGCACUGAAGAAGUCUGACCACGCGUUGGAAACGCUGAACAAAGCCAUCGACAUCGACCCCAGAAACCCGCUAUGCAAGUUCCACCGGGCCUCGAUUCUCUUCGCCAAGGAGAAGUACAAGGCGGCUCUACAAGAGCUCGAAGAGCUGAAACAAAUCGUGCCCAAAGAGUCGCUCGUUUACUUUUUAAUAGGAAAGGUGUAUAAGAAGCUGGGCCAGACGCACUUAGCCCUGAUGAACUUCUCCUGGGCCAUGGACCUGGACCCCAAAGGGGUAAACAAUCAGAUUAAAGAGGCCAUCGACAAGCGGUACCUCCCUGAUGACGAUGUUAAUGCUGAUGUCUACCGUUACGAUUCAGUGGAGGCGGAGGAGUCCCAGGAGAGCAGCAUGACGGACUCGGAGGAUGCGCAGCUCCACACGGCCGAGAGCGGAGACGAGGUCUUUUUACUGUAAACCACAUCUGCCUGGAGUCAGAGGCCCCAGGCGACGAGGAGAAAGAAAAAAAAAAAACGAACUGCUGCUAAUUACAGUACCUCCAAACUUCUUUCAUGACCAUCGGCCAUUUUUGUUUUUUGUUGUUGUUUUUGUUCCACCGUGCCUCAGUGACUACUGAGCUCCUCCGUGGUUCUCUUAUCUCUCACCCUUAACACGUGCCAGUGGAUGGAGAGCCCCACAAAACCCCCGUUGCCGCUCUCUCUGGACUUCAGUCUUUUCAGCACCCGGACCUCAGAGGGGGACAGUUGCUGCCAUUUUAGCAGGCACACGACGUUCCCCUCAGGUUUGGACGCUGCACUUGUACAGCGAAAGCCAUUUAAGGUCCAAGUGUUUGUUUUUGUUUUUUUUUUGUUUUUUCUUUUGUGUAGGAACCCAAACCCCUUUUUUGAUUGCCCCUUUUCGACCAUUUCCGUAUGACAUUAGCUAAUGUGAAUCUGGUGAGGAAGAGAAGCAGACUUUCAAGCACAUUUCCUCCCACUUCAGAUGUGUAUGCCAGUGUACUGACGAGUCACCUAAGGUUCAGGAUGCUCCGGAGAGAUUCCUAAACCUCCCUGGCUUCAAAUCCAGCAAGUCUGUCUCUGUUAUAAAAAAACAGUAAAAUGCAGUAUUUAACUAUUGUUUUGGAAGUGCCCUUCUUGAAGAUAAAAAGACCUGUGAUUUAAAAACAAAAAACCGUUGUGUGCACUGUUCCUUUAAGACACAAUCUUUUGACUUAUGGAAUAAUGUUUUGUUUUUACCAUACUCUGUAAUCAAUGAACUUAAUAAAGAAAUAAAGAUAUGAGCCAUC